GGAACUGCAACGCAGCGAAGCGAAAGGGUGGGUCUCUCAAGAGCAAAGUCCGCCGGUGUCCGAAGAAGCGCUGCGAGAGGCCACCUCUCUUCUUCUCCUUCGAUUCGAUCCUCAAUUCCCAAUCUCUGGAGAGGAGUCUUUUUCUCAUUUUGUCUGUUUGAAUGUGCCGAAAGUCUCCAACAUGAGCAUGUGAGGGAACUGUGAUGGCUUUCGGGAUGUAGACAUUGAUUUGAGCGGAGGAAGCUAUUCAUUAAGUGUUUUGUUAUGUUUGAGCUCCGGCCAGGCGAAGCUGUGGGUAGUCCGUCUUGUUCUGUUUGUAUGCGUUGAAAACCUCUGCAUUUGUUAUACAUUCAUCGUCCAACUAAACUGUAACGGCGUCGGAUGUCCCAUUGAUUCAAGCAGAUGCCGCUUUGGACCAUCAAAUUAUCACAUUUCCCAUCUUGUUUGUGCUUGUUUUUGUUGAAAGUCGCUAACUUUGUCAUGCAUUCAUCCCAGCGGUGAAUUAACAAUGUCUUUCCCAACAAUAAACGAGGGGGCGAGUGAAGACUUCAACCAUGGCAGAUGAUGGGUCGGAUGAAGUGGAUGAGCAAAUUGGUUUGGAUGGGGAUAAUGAUGAAGACUUGAUGGAUGACGAAGAUCCUGUGGAGGAUUACAACUAUAGGGACGGAGAUGAAUAUGCAGAGGAAGAACAUGGGUCUGAGGGUGAAGAGCAAGAAAAUGCAUCGAUUGUUGAUGAUGCUGGGGAUGCUUCUUCCACCAAGAAAGAAGAGGAUGAAGGUGCAAUAGGUGAAGAGAAGUGUGAUAGUGCAAAGGAUGAUGAUGAAAUCAAGAAGCACGAUGAACUGCUUGCUCUUCCUCCCCAUGGUUCAGAAGUUUUCAUUGGUGGCCUUCCACGUGAUGCAAAUGAAGAAGAUCUGAGAACGCUUUGUGAGCCAUUUGGUGAAAUUUUUGAGGUAAGGCUAAUGAAGGACAAAGAUAAGGGAGAGAGCAAGGGUUUUGCAUUUAUAACAUUUACAACUAAUGAUACAGCCCAAAAGGCCAUCGAAGAGGUGCACGACAAAGAAUUCAAGGGAAGAACCUUGAGAUGUUCCUUAUCUCAAGCCAAACACAGAUUAUUCAUAGGAAAUGUUCCAAAGAGUUUGUCAGAGGAAGAAUUAAGGAAAAUCCUCGAGCAAAUUGGCCCUGGAGUUGAGAAUCUUGAGUAUUUUAAGGACCUACAAAACCCAAAUCGCAACCGUGGCUUUAUUUUUGUCGAAUAUUACAACCAUGCAUGUGCUGAAUAUGCAAGGCAGAAAAUGUCCGGUGCAAACUUUAAGAUUGAUGGAAGCACCCCAACAGUUAGCUGGGCUGAACCUAAAAAUGCGGCUGAUGCUUCUGCUGCUGCCCAGGUAAAGUGUGUCUAUGUGAAAAAUUUGCCCGAGAAUGUUACAUCUGAAAAAUUGAAAGAAAUUUUCGGACGGCAUGGAGAGGUCACAAAAGUAGUUCUACCUCCUGCCAAAGCUGGACAGAACAAGCGAGAUUUUGGAUUUAUUCAUUUUGCGGAAAGAUCAAGUGCAUUGAAGGCAGUAAAGAGCACAGAGAAGUAUGAGAUUGAUGGACAUGUUUUGGAGGCUGUGCUGGCUAAACCUCAGACUGAUCGGAAGUCUGAUUUGCAUAAAGCCGGACCUUUUCCAAGCUACCCCCCAUACCCUUAUGGAUAUCCUGGUGACCCCUAUGGUGCUUAUGGUGCCGGCGCCGGUGCCGUUUAUGGUGGAUCAGGCUAUGGCCAGCCUGUGAUAUACGGUAGAGGUCCAACACCAGCAGGAAUGAAAAUGGUGCCGAUGGUUCUUCCUGACGGUCGCCUUGGCUAUGUUCUACAGCAGCCUGGAACACAGGUUCCUCCACCACCGCCACCACCAUCUCGGAGGACUGAUCGUCGUGGUGGCUCAAAUGAUGGUGAAGAUAGGGGAAGUGAAGGAAGCCGAGGACGCCGAUACCGCCCGUACUAGACAUUGAUAAACUCUUCAACUCUAAGCAAAGGAGGAGAAGAAGAAAUGCUGCUGCUCUAUCUCCAUCUGUCACAAUGUUUACAACUUGUGAUUUAAUCCUAACAGUGACAGGAUGUUUGUACAAGUUAUUCUGAGAAAAUCAGUGUUGAACUUAAUGCCGAAAAUCUUUCGAGCAUUUUCAAAAGUUUGACUGCUGAGUUUGCAGCCCUUUUGAGAUCAACUGAUCAUCAUAUGACAAAGCAUCCAUCCAAAGCUUCAGCUUCAAUGGAAGUUUUGUUCUGUUUAAAUAUUUAUCUAUAAUUUACUAUUGAUUUAUUCCAGUAUUAUGAAUCAUAUCUGAUAUUAUUAUCCAUGCAAGAGCACCCUGGUUGUAAUUGAAGUAUUUAUUGAAAAGAUUCAAGGCUGUGAACAACUAAUUUCAUGUCUUUA